GAAAAUUGUCAUAUAGAAAAAAAAAUAGUAUCUACGGAAAACACGAAUAUUUAUUUAUAAAAAUAAAACUAUAGUUUUUUUUCUAUUUUAAUGUCGUUUUUUUCAUACCGAUGUUUUCCUUUGUUUUGUACUUCUCAUUUGGUCUUGGGACUUGGUACAGUGAUCUUAACCGGAACACACAUGUUGAAAAUCCACCGACCCAGCCUUGACCAUCCAUUUGGAUUGGAUCUAUGGUAUUUGUUUGAACAACUCAGUAUCCGCACCACAGGAUGGAAUCCAUCAAAUUUUGAGUUCAUUCCUGGACAAACGCCUAUAUCCCAAUGGUCGAGUGUGAUUGCAUCAAUCACUCUGUACUAUAUAAUUAUUUUGAGUGGACAAGCGUUCAUGAAGAACCAAAAGCCCGUGAAACAACGUCGCUUGUUUCAGUUGCACAACCUUAUCUUGACUGUUAUUAGUGGUGCUUUGCUUGCUCUUAUGUUUGAACAAGUAUUUCCCAUGUUUGUUCGCCAUGGUCUUUUCUAUUGUGUUUGUGACCCUCGUCACUUUACUCAGAAGCUCGUCACUCUUUACUAUUUGAACUACUUGACAAAGUAUAUUGAGCUUCUCGACACUGUCUUCUUAUUCCUAAAGAAAAAGCCUCUUGCGUUCCUGCACUGCUAUCAUCACGGUGUGACCGCUUUGCUUUGCUUUACUCAGCUUUUGGGUCGUACUUCCGUGCAAUGGGUCGUCAUUACCUUGAACUUGUAUGUUCACGUUAUCAUGUACAGCUACUAUUUCUUAGCCGCUUGUGGACGCCGUGUCUGGUGGAAGCAAUGGGUUACCCGUUUUCAAAUUAUCCAAUUUGUUAUUGACCUCGUCCUCUGCUACUAUGGUACCUAUACUCAUGUUGCCUACCGCUUCUUCCCCUGGUUGCCUCACACGGGCGAUUGCUCUGGCUCUUUAUUUGCUGCUAUUUUCGGCUGUGGUGUUCUUUCCUCUUACUUAUUCCUAUUUAUUGGCUUUUACGCCAAUACCUACAUUAAGCGUGGUGCUAGAAAGAAUGCCAAGAAAGCUGCUGGCAAGCCUGAUGACACUCCCUCUAUGCCUUCUGCCUCUGAAGCAGCUUUCGCCGCUACAACUGCGUCCAAUUCUUCCCCUUUCACCGCUCGCUCCCGUAAGCUUUAGUUUGGUAAAGUAGGCCCUUGUGAGCAGGACGUGCAAUUAAUCUAAUUGCUUUUCUUUAACUAUAUAUAUAUAAGUUUCCCUGCUAUUAUUUUGAGGUAAAAUUUGCAACUGGGAUUGUCAAAUGUGCAACCUCGUCCAAAUCAUGUUUGCAUACCAUUUGCAUGUUUCAUGACAUGGAUGGUCUGGUUGUUCGAGUAUUUUUCGAUGAGCAAACAGCUGCUUAAUGUAGUUAUUAUGUGUGUGUUUAAUCCCACUCCUGGUAAUUUCUUUCAUAGUAGUUUGGUGCGAAUUCGUGCAAAGUCCUUCGUUAAUGCUGCUUAUCUAAAUGUUUCCCCUCGUUCAUGUGCCUUUUGCAGGAACGCUCAAAUUCCCAUCGGUUAAUUAGGUUUUCAUUGGCGAAACCAUUGUCCUUCUUUUAAUCUUUGCAUUUGCUUGGGUCAACUUGCUCUUGUUGAAUUUCCGUUGUAUUAGUUAAUAGUUAAUAGAGAGAGCAUUUUCCUACUUAUGGUAUUCGUAACUUAUAUUGUUCGUACUGCGUGUCCGCAUUUAGAAAAGAAGGUUAUCUAUUUAUCUGCUUGACGGAAUCCUUAUGUCUCGUUCAUCCUAUGUUUCAUUGGAAUUAAGUUCUUCUGUUUAUUCGAGCAUACGCUACCUAAUUUGUCGGUUGCUAAAUCUUCCAUCUUAUCUUUUAUGCUAUUUCGUAGAACCAUAUUUAAAUGCGUACGUCGUGAGGCUUCUAUAAAAUAAACGGAUUGGUUUGCAUAUUGUGAGUACAAACAGCAAAUAUAUAUCAACUGUUCAUAUGGUUUAGGAUGGACUAUUCUCUUUGCCUUUGCUCUUUAAUCAAAGGUUGUUGUUAAAGCUUCUAAAUAAUCUUAUCCGGGUUAUGGAUAUAAUAGACAAAAUUUGAUUCAUUUUAUG